AAAAGGUGUUUUCCGUUGGAAUCCUCACAAUGUAAAUAUAAACAUAGAACGUUUCUUAUACGUUUUACACAUGACGAGGCAAUUUUGAAAGAAGCAAACGUAUAAAUGCACAAUAUCUGAGGCAAUUUUAUUUUCAAUAUUUUACAAAAUGCUCGCCAUCGAUAAUACAAGCUUACAGACUGUAGAAGAUGAAUCAUGGGAAGACAUUUUAAAAUUGGAAAACAACAACAACACGUUGCUUGAUGCUACAUUAUUGGCAUUAAAAACUGGUAACCUAGCUCCUCUGAUUAAAGAAGACUUGAAGUACACAAUACAUUCUAGACGACACAAGCAAGGACAAGAGGAACUAAAAGUUGAGAUUCCCAAAGAGAAAAUAUAUGAGCUGACAGUUGAGGAACAGAUUAAGAUUGACAGACGUCGUGAACAAAACAGAAAAGCAGCGCAUAGAUUUCGUGAAAAGAAGAAAAGUACUUCAUCGCUUCUGUUCAAGAAAAUUCAAGAGCAAGAAGCUGACAAUAUGAAAAAGACAAACGAAGUAAAAGAACUACGUAAAGAGAAGGAACAGUUACAGAAAAUGUUGUUUGAACAUUUGUUAGUGUGUCCUAAUGCAAAACAAUGCAUAAAAUUUCAGCCAUGAACUUUUAAAGGGUGAAACAGUUAUCUACUAUUUUCAAAAUGAUAGGAAUAAGCUAAGAUUGUAAUCUUACUGUGUUCCAAGGUAAUAAGACAUUAACUUCCUAAAAGUCAGUUAAAGAUGCAUAUAUCCUCAUCAGUACAUGCAUAAAACUAAUUCAGAGAACAACAGAAUAUGUUAUACCAAGUGUUUUUUUUAAGAUUUAAGUUUUCAAGUCAGUUCAAAGUGAACAACUGUUUGGCAUAAAUUUGCUGGUAUCAGUCUAUCUAAUAGAUAAACGUUUUUGUCCUAAUAAGAAAAGGGGAAAAAAACCAAUGACUUGAAUACACAAACAUGAUAUGCAUCGAUAAUUGGUAAACUAGUGUUGCCUCAUAUACAUAAUAAGCGUAAGAGUAAUCUGUAAUGGCGUUGAAUCAGAUAAUCAUAAUUUCAUAUAGCUAUUAGAGAAAUUUAUCAUUUACAUAUUAUAUCAAUCUACUGUAUUAUGAUGUAUUGUUUGUAAUCUUUUUUUUGUGAAGACCAAUAAUGUCUAGGGUUAAUAAUAAGUUUUUUGAAAGAAAGUUUUGUGUUCAAUAUUAUGAAAUUGUUUUUCAUUUAACGAAAUAAAGGCGAAUACUCAUACAAACUGUAUUGACUGUACUUGUAACUGUUAUGGCAUUUUAUUAAGUUUCUGUUUA